GAGAUAGAAAACUUAGUUGCCAAACGCUACUGAAAGAAUGGAAAAUCCUGGAUCUCGGUUCUCGACUCGAAAUCCAACCCCAUUCUGCCAAACAGUCGAUUCGCUUCUGAUCUGAUUCUCUCUCAUGUAGAAUUCCCGAUCAUGGAUCAGCAGCUCGAACAGGAGCAACACCAUCCAUUCUUAUUCCCGGCUCUAAAACCCCUCUCCUUCUCUUCUCCUUCUUCGUCAUCCUGAUCGUCCAAUCAAGAUCCAAUUCCCUACACUUCUCCAGAACCCUCCAAAAUCAGCCAGCUUUCGAUGGAUUCCAUCAAAAAACUCCACGCCCAUCUCAUAAGGACAGGACUCUACACAAACCCAUCUUCCAUGUCCGAUGUCAUUUCCUCCUACGCUCUCUCACCUCCCCAUCUCAACAAAGCCAUCCUCCUCUUCGCCCUCAUUGAAAAACCCACCAGCCCAAUCUGGAAUUCCAUCAUCCGCGGCCUCGCGCAGAACGGCCGUCGGAAGGAAGCGAUCCUUUUCUACACCGGAAUGCGCCAACAAGGCUGCCUGCCCAACCAUCUCACCUUCCUCUUUCUUCUGAAGGGCUGGGCCCGCAAAUCGGGGAUUGGAUAUGGAAAGAAGAUUCAUUUGCAGAUUCUGAAAAUUGGGUUUGGAUCGUAUACAUAUGUUUCCAAUGCAUUAAUUCAUAUGUACGGAGCUUGUGGUGAUUUGGGCUGCGCGCGGAGGGUGUUCGAUGAAAUGUCCAAAAGGGAUUCGGUCUCUUGGAACUCUUUGAUUUGUGGUUAUAGCCAGAAAAAUAAAUUGAGGGAGGUUUUGUCUCUUUUUGAGUCAAUGCAGUCGGAGAAUGUGAAGCCUGAUGAGGUGACAAUGGUGAAGGUUGUCUUGGCUUGUAUGCAUUUGGGUGAUUGGGAAUUGGCGAAUUCGAUGGUUAAGUAUAUUGAGGAGAAUCAUUUGAAGAUUGAUGUUUACUUGGGUAACACUCUGAUUGAUCUUCAUGGGCGGCGAGGGUCUGUUGAAUUAGCUAGGAAGGUGUUUGAUAAAAUGCCUCGAAGAAACAUUGUCUCUUGGAAUGCCAUGAUCAUGGGGUACGCAAAAGCGGGGGAUAUAGUUUCUGCGCGGAAACUUUUUGAUGAGAUGCCAGAGAAGGAUUUGAUCUCUUGGACCUCUAUCAUUGCUGGGUACUCCCAGGCGAACCGUUUUGUUGAGGCAUUGGAUUUUUUCCGUGAAAUGAUGUUAGCUAAUGUGGAACCCGAUGAGAUUACAAUAGCUAGUGUGAUCUCAGCUUGUUCCCAUUUGGGGGCACUUGAUGUAGGGAAAGGGAUUCAUGAUUACAUUCACAAGAACAAUAUAAAAAUGGAUAUUUAUGUGGGAAAUUCUCUGAUAGACAUGUAUUGUAAGUGUGGAUGUAUUGAGAAGGCAUUGGAAGUAUUUAGCGAGAUGAAGGAGAAAGAUGCUGUGUCAUGGACCUCAAUCAUAUCAGGAAUGGCUGUGAAUGGCUAUGCUGAAGAUGCACUAAAAUUCUUCUCACAGAUGUUGAGUGAGAGUGUUCGGCCAAACAGUGUGACCUUCAUUGGGGUCUUGCUUGCUUGCAGCCAUGGCGGGUUGGUCGAUAAAGGAUUUGAAUAUUUCAAAAGCAUGACUGAAGAUUAUCAAAUAGAACCACAGAUGAAGCAUUAUGGUUGCAUGGUAGACCUCCUUGGCCGCUCUGGCCAUCUGGAUAAGGCAUAUGACUUCAUUACAGAAUUGCCAGUAGCCCCAGAUCCCAUGAUGUGGAGAAUAUUGCUGAGUUCUUGUAUGCUUCAUGGAAAUGUGAGUCUUGCUGAGAUAAUCGCCAAAAAGGUUAUUGAAUUGGAUCCUGGUAAUAGUGGAAACUAUGUACUUCUAUCAAAGACAUAUGCAGGUGCUGAGAGAUGGGAUGAUGCGACAGAGGUGAGGGAGAUGAUGGAGGAGCGUGAAGUGCAGAAGGCACCUGGGUGCAGCUCCAUCGAAGUAAAUGGCACAGUACAUGAACUCAUGGAUGCAGAUAGGACUCAUGUUGGCUAAUCCAUGAGGGGUUUUCCAUGCCAUGCCCCUUUUUACAGAUGUGAGGCUGAGCAAAUGAAAGACCCACCCAUUGUUUGGAAGUGAUGGCGGAUCAAAUGCACUUGAUUGCUUUGCUAGACCAAAUAACAUCAUGGUGGAUUGGAAUGGUUUCGAGAAGCACCUGGACCUCAAGGAGGACUUCAUGCCAAGAACUGGUCCAUCCUUGAAGAUAUAUUGAAAUGCCUCAUGAGUUUAUUAUUGCAUCUGUAACUGCCUUCAUUUUUUUAUGGCAGCAGUUCAGUGAAUUUGGUAUGGGCCAGCCAUUUUCUUUUGGCUGCCGGAAAUAACUACUAAUCUUGCCAAAUGUUUGAUUCCUGAUUGUGAAGCUUCAACUAAGGUACUUUGUCACACAGCUGAAUGAGAUGCAUACAGGCAGUCAGUAUCUGUGGAUGGGAAAGGAAAGAAGUUCAUCGAUUAUGCUUUUCAGAAAGCCUCCAUUUCUGCGCCGAGAAGUUACUGAUUUUACCAGCUUGUAUUUGUGUUGGUUUCCAGAGUUUGCCUGGGAAGUUCAACAAUCUAUGUUGAGUGAGCUCAUUUUUGUAGUUUUCUGUGUAAUACUGAGAUUCAAUUUCGCAUUCCUAUUAUUAUGGAAUGCUUUUACUUGUUGUUACAAAUUAUUUGAAUUUGCCUUAAAAUAAGGCUUUCAUAAUCCAAGUUAUUUUGUUG